UUUCAGUAAAAAGUUCAAAUGUAAAUGAGAGAGAGAGAGAUUGGUGUGUGAGGUGUCAGUGUGUGACGUUUAUAUCUCCAGGGUGUGUGUGUGUGUCAGUGUGUGACGCCUAUAUGUCCAAGGUGUGUGUGUGUGUGAGAGAGAGAAUUAACCGGAUUGUCCCCGGAGUCGCAGGGCUGCGCUCGUGCUCUCAACUUUCACGCGUAAAAGUGUGCUAUAAAUAUGAUAAAGCGGUGGAAUUAGCGGAUUAACCUCGUGAUGAAAACCAGCUGAACACACACUGACGUUUUUUCUUUCCUUUUUCACCCCUUUUUUAUUUGUAUAACUUUGUUGUUGUUGUUGUUGUUGUUGUUUUAAAUCUCGCCCGCUCGCGCACCGGGAUGAGGGAGUUUCCCAGGUGUCUGUUAAACCGCAGGUGCACGCUGCUGGUGGUCGUGUGUCUGCUCGCGGUGAUGUUCUUCUACAUGCUGCACUUCGACACUUCGCGCGUCAAGACAUUGCCGUUCACGCGGUAUCGCGAGCUCACCAGCGUCCCGGUGACCAGCGCGCGCAACGACAGUGUACCGAGCGCGCGCAACGACAGUGUACCGACAGUGGACACGCAGAGCAAUCAACUCCAACAGUACUGUCCCGAGACUCCUCCGAAGUUAGAUGGGCCGCUGUAUGUGGAUUUUUCCGAGCCGGUGAAGUUGGACAGUUUGCUGAAGGACAGUCGUCUGUCUCUGGGUGGACGCUUCAUGCCGAGCGAGUGUGUGUCUCAACAGAGGGUGGCGCUCAUCAUCCCAUUCAGAGACAGAGAGCUGCACCUGAAGAUCUGGCUCUUCUACAUGCACCCCAUACUGCAGAGACAGCAGAUCGACUACGGCAUCUACAUCAUCGAGCAGGACGGGGAGGAAACGUUUAACCGAGCAAAGCUGUUGAACGUGGGCUACGUGGAGUCUCUGAAGGAGUACGAUUACAACUGUUUCGUCUUCAGCGACGUCGAUCUCAUCCCCACAGACGACCGAAACCUCUACAAGUGCUACGACCAGCCGAGACACCUCUCUGUGGCCAUGGACAAAUUCGGCUUCAAGUUACCAUAUAAUCAGUAUUUCGGUGGUGUGUCCGCUCUAAGUAAAGAACAAUACCUGAAGAUCAAUGGCUUCCCAAAUAACUACUGGGGCUGGGGGGGUGAGGACGAUGAUGUCUUCAACCGCUUGACGCUUCAGGGAAUGUCCAUCUCCCGACCUGAUCACAACAUCGGCAGGUGUAAGAUGAUCCGUCAUGCGAGAGACAAGCUGAACCAACCCAAUCCUCAUAGGUUCUCCCGAAUCGCCCGUACGAAACAGACGAUGGAGACAGACGGCAUCAACUCGCUCAACUACAACGUGGUGGGCUGGGAGAAAACCCGGCUGUACACCAAAAUCAUCGUGGACAUCGGAAAGCCUCCGAGUUUAUAAACCGCAGACACGUUCCCGUUCAAGUUCCUACGGAAGUAAAGAUGCUGAGACCGAGCUGCUUUUCUCAGAGACGCGUUUACACACAGCACGGCUUUUACAUAUCCUCCUCUUCUACUUAUUUUUAUUAUUCCUUUUCUUUUUAUUAUACUUGGCAAUAUAACCUCCUGGACUUUUGUAAGAAGAAGAGCUUGGAGCCCAAACACAACGAGAAGUGAAUGAGAAAUUGAGGAGCAGUAAAGUGGUGGGCUGGAGGUGGAGGGCGUGGUCGCGGAAACAUCAGGAAACACAGCAUCUGGAGUGUGUGCAAUGUUCAAGGGUCUGUCACAGGACUGGAACGACCAGAAGGACUACAUACCUCGGUACCUCGUUCAAAGACUAUUUACUAUAAAUAUUCCUAUUGUGUGUGUGAGAGAGAGAGAGAUCGUUAGGCAUGUUCUGAUAAUCAUAUCACAAUAUUUAACCCACUACGGUUUGUUAGAGAUGCAUAAUGUAGACAUCAUUAGUACACAUGCGUCGACGCUGGUUCCGGUAUCGGGUCUCGGUCCACUUUCUAUUCAAAAACGCUCUGAGACCAGGUGCACAAACGACUAUUAAAUUAUUAGUAACGUAUUCAAAAAGAUAUCACGAUAAUAUCAUAAACUGAUUCCUUUAAACCGAGGACCAAACAGCACUUUAAAUACAUUCUCGCAGGGGUUGGAACUCAUAACCUUCCACUCAGGGGUGUCCAAGCCUUAAGCACCUGCCAUUGGUUAAAGUGCGUUUUGUCUCAGAUGCUCAACACUAGUUCAUUACUGGUUCUGACAGCGAUAGGCUUUGAACCUACAACCUUCCGGUCACCGAUACAGCUUCAUUCAAUUCUGCCUUUUGCUUUCAUCUCAGGUCUUUUCUUAUGGGCUCAGUGUGGAUUAAGGGCCUUUUCUCAGGGACCCAGCGCUGCCGCUCCGUCAGGAUUGGGAUUUGAACUCACAACCUUCUGGUCAUUAGAACAGAGCCAUAAUUGAGAAAGUUUUUAAAAGGUUUAAAAGGUUACUUAGGGACCCCACGUUGCUGGGAUUUGAACUGGCAACGUUCUUCUCUCCAGGACUGCUGUAUCGAUAUUACAGCUGAAAUAACAUGACAGAUUUGUGUUCUGUGGCAGGUGAGCUCUUCUUGCUGAGAAGUUUCAUGCGCCUAAAUAAAAUCAAUCCAGACACACCUUUACCAUAACCACAAUUAUAUUUAUUCAUAUUAUUAUAGGACAGCAAUUAUGGGCGCGUCUCAAACUGUGAUUGUUCCCUGAGGUAUUUCAGUUAGGCAUGACAAUCAAAGGACAAAGUGCUACUGAGAUUGAAGGGCUAUUCUUUGUAAACCAAAAGGAAAAUGAAUCAUCAGCGUUACUGUGAGAGUUAUUAACCUGCUCGACUGCUCACCUCGGAAUUUAUUUCAAAGUUAAAAGAUCCCGUGUUCUAGUCAUCGCUACUCAUCAGGAAGAAAAGCUUAGGAAAUACUUACACUACAGUAUUUAACAUCAAAGCUUCUUUCAAAAUGAAGGGCUCUCUGGUUUGUUCUUCUACACCAGUGGUCACCAACCCUGUUCCUGGAGAACUUCUUAAGGCAAUGAUCAGAUGGUCAGGUGGACACCAUUAUGGUUGGAGCUAAAGUCUUCAGGAAGGGAGAUUUCCGGGAACAGGGUUGGUGACCUCUGAUCUAGGAGAACCCUUAAAGAUUCUAUUCACAACAAUGUUCUACGGUAACUCUGGCUAACUAUCCAAAGAACCCUUAAGGUGCAGGAGGGUUCUCAAACUUUUUACAGAGUACAGAGAUCCCUUUAAAGAGGCUCGUGCUCACGGUUUUCUAAACAGAUUUAGCGUUAAUAAGAUCUGGAGGUCCAGCAGAAGUCAGGAAGGGUGUGUUAACGGCAGAGCUGGACUUCAGGAAGUCGGAACUCAGUCCCGACUUCCUGGUCUACAUGGGACAGUCCAUCCUUCCUACGACAUUAUCAGCAUUGCCGCUGUUUCUCACGACUGUCGGGUGGACUGUUCUGGUCCACUUUUCCUCUCAUGACUCGGAAGCGUGUAUUAUCUCAGAAACAAUGACUGAUCAAUGUCCUCUGACGAGUCGCUGCUUGGAGGUCGUCUCCGGUGGGCGUGGCCUGUCUGACGCUCUGAUAUGAGAUGGGAGUGGCUAAUACACUUCUGUAAAAUUCACACACGUAAGUUUGGUUUUGAAGAAAGAUACGGUACAUUUUUACUUGAACGAGAGCUAAUCACAUCCGACGUCAGAGUAGAUGUUUCGACUAGGCUAAUUAUCCAGCGUGCUAGCUUGCUAACUGGCUAGCAUGGUAACGUGAUGAUGUAAUGCGCCAAGACGUAGCCUCGUGUGUAAAAUGUCUUCCUUCUCAGCAGUGUGUACUGUAUGAGUUUACAUUGGAAUGAAGAAACACACAAUUUCACACUGGACCAUUUCAAAUGCUUUAAUCUGAGAAUUGUGUUUUGUUUUGUUUUGUUUUAGCCAUGCUACAUCGUUAAAGCCAAUCAACAGCUGCCAUCUCUGGCGAUUAGGAUGUCCGUUUUGGUUUUCCUGCAGAGAAAAUUAAACAGAAGACUGGAAUGUUACUGGAAUUUUUACGGGUUAUUUUACAUCACCGUUAAUGAGAUAUUUUCUAACAGGAAGUUUUGAUCAGCAUUUUCUUGAGUAGCUCAUCUGCAACACGCGGCUCUGUGUGAAAUAUUCACGAUAACGGAAAUAAACCUGCAUUAAAAUCAGGGCCGCGGAAAAACUGAUACACAACACUACAACCUGAAUAUGAAAAUUGUCCCAAAAAAGAAUCCCCAAAUAAUCUGCAUGGUGUGAAAGAGAAGCAAAAUCUCUAUUAUCAGGUGAUCUACAUAUCUGUGUAUUAUCAGAUUACGGCAGUGAUCUAAUAGCUGUAACAUUCUGAUCAUUCGACUCAGAUGUUAUUUUGGUAAACUCCCUCAUUAUUACGUAAUGCUUUUAUUUUUAUCUUAAACUGGCAUAACCAGGUUUCCACAAAUGUAUUUCCUUGUAAUUGUUUGAUAUCCAUGACUGCAGAAUAUUUUUGUGAAUUUUUUUUAACAAAAGAUCAAAAGGUUCAACAAUAAAGACAAAUUUUCACA